AGCAAAGGUCAGGUGUUGGGACGAUCCCGGCAAUAGGUGGCUGGCUGCCUUUAAGGUGGAUUUAUUUGCCUGCCAGACAGGAAGUAACCCUAACCAGUCACCAGCCCCUUUAAAGAUCAGGUAAAGCAGCAAGUGGGUAGAGAGAGAACUGCCUUCUCCACCCUUCGCUUUGGUCUUUCAUCAGAACUCCGGGCCUGGCAGGCAGAUUUUGCAAUGUGUGCGCUCCCGUCAGGAGGCUCCGGGAAUACUUCACGCACAGGGAGCAAGUGCCAAGUGUCCAGGGCCUAAGCCAAGGAAGCAGAGACUCAGGGUGCAAGGGGCAGGGGGGAGCAGGGCUUCCUCCCUGGGGACUAUGGAGAUGCGAUCCCCUGGCAGCAGGACAGGCCUCUCCACUGGGCUCUUUCUCCUGCUUUGUGCUUUCCUGCCUCCUGAGAUACCUGGGAAAGAAGUGAAUCUCCUGGACACAAAUACUGCACAGAGUGAACUGGGCUGGCUUCCGGAUCCUCCAGAAACAGGGUGGAGUGAGGUGCAGCAGAUGAUAAACAGUACCCCCAUCUAUAUGUACCAGGACUGCAACGUGCUCUCAUUGGGCGACACUGAUCACUGGCUCCGCACCAACUGGAUAUACCGGGGUGAGGCAGCCUCCCGCAUCUACGUGGAGCUAAAGUUCACCGUGCGUGACUGCAAGAGCUUCAGGGGUGAGGUGGUGACCUGCAAAGAGACUUUCAAUCUCUACUAUAUGGAGUCAGAGCAGGAUGUCGGCAUCCAAUUCCGUCGCCCCCUGUUCACCAAGGUCAACACAGUGGCAGCAGAUCGGAGUUUCACAAGCCGGGACAUUGAAUCAGGCACUAUGCAGCUGAAUGUGGAAGUGUGCCCGAUACGGAAGCUGUCUCAGCGCGGAUUCUACCUUGCUUUCCAGAACUCUGGGGCCUGUGUGGCUCUGGUCUCUGUCCGGGUAUAUUACAAGACUUGCCCAGAAACAGUGGGGGGACUGGCCCGCUUUCCAGAGACACUGGCAGGCUCAGAGGGGCUGACAGAGGUGCCAGGGGUCUGUGUAAAGGAUGCAGCCGAAGAAGCAGGCUUCCCACCCAGGAUGCAUUGCAGUGCUGAUGGGGAGUGGCUGGUGCCAAUGGGCCGAUGCCUGUGUGCUGUUGGGUUUGAGGAGGCUGACAGAAGCUGUGUAGCCUGCCAGCGAGGAUUCUACCGUCAUUCCCCAGAGACCAAGCGCUGCCUCAAGUGCCCCCCAAACAGCUCAUCCAGUGCUACAGGGGCCACAGCCUGUCCCUGCAACCUGGGCUUCUACCGGGCACCCACUGAGAGUCAAAGUGUUGCCUGCACUCGUCCCCCUUCUACUCCCCGCAAUGUCAGCUUCUCCCUGGUGGGGACGCAACUCUCCCUUUGGUGGCAGCCACCCAGCGACCAUGGUGGGCGCAAGGAUCUGACCUACAGCAUCUCAUGCCAGCGCUGCUCUGUCCUAGCAUGUGAGCCAUGUGAGGCUAGCGUGGUCUUCUCCCCUAGUGCCUCAGGCCUCAACAAUACAUCCAUAGAUGUGGACGGUCUAGAUGCUUAUGCCAACUACAGUUUCACCGUGAAGGCACGUAAUGGUGUCUCGGAGGUCAGCUCUUUCCCUCAGCGGACCUCCCCUGCAGUCUGGGUCUCUGUCGGCCAUGCAGCUCCAGUAACGGUGUCCCAUCUGACUCUCACCCAACGUGAUGACAGCAGCCUGUCUGUGUCUUGGCCAGCCCCACGGCACCGCAGCCGGAGCUCAGUGCAGUACGAGGUCAUGUAUUUUGAGAAGGGAGAGGAUGCACACUACACAGUGAAGCAAUUCCAUGAACCCAAUGUCACUCUGAGGGACCUGCAGCCGGACACAGCCUACCUGCUCCGUGUGCGCUCCAUCACGCCCCUAGGCCCUGGCCCCUUCUCCCAGGAACAGGAGUUUCGCACCCUCCCACCAGACACCGGAGCUCCAUCUGGCGGGGUGCUUGUCUCCAUUGUCUUCGGAAUCCUACUGUUUAUUGGGCUGGUUGUGGGAAUCUUCGUCUUCACACAAAGGAAAGCUCGUUGUCACCAAGCGCGGCCAGACUAUGACAUCUCAGCCUUCAACCGAGAGGAGAAGGUCUGGUUGAAGCCCUAUGUGGAUCUACAGCCCUAUGAGGACCCAAGCGGGGGGGUCUUGGAGUUCACCAAGGAACUAGAUGUGGCCUAUGUCACCAUGGAGAAUGUUAUCGGGGAGGGGGAGUUCGGGGAAGUCUAUUGCGGCACCCUGCGCCUGCCAGGGAAGGAGCGUAUUGUGGUUGCCAUCAAGACCCUGAAGUCAACGUAUUCGGACUCUCAGUGGUGGAAUUUUCUGCGUGAGGCAACAAUCAUGGGCCAGUUCAAUCACCACAACAUCGUGCGCCUGGAGGGGGUUGUCACCAAGCGGAAGCCGAUGAUGAUCAUCACUGAGUAUAUGGAGAAUGGUGCCCUGGACACAUUCCUCCGGGAGAACGAGGAGAAGUUCAGCUCUGUACAGCUGGUAAUUAUGCUGCAGGGCAUUGCCUCAGGCAUGACCUACCUCUCAGACCGCAACUACGUGCACCGGGACCUGGCUGCCCGCAACAUCCUGGUAACUCACAGACUACAGUGCAAGGUGUCUGACUUCGGCCUGUCCCGGAUAUUGGAAAACGAUGUGGAGGGGACAUACGAAACUAAGGGCGGGAAGAUCCCCAUCCGCUGGACAGCACCCGAGGCCAUUGCCCAUCGGAUCUUCACCUCAGCCAGUGAUGUCUGGAGUUACGGCAUUGUCAUGUGGGAGGUGCUGUCUUUUGGGGACAAGCCCUACGGAGACAUGACCAAUCAGGAGGUGAUGAAGAGCAUAGAGGAUGGAUACCGACUCCCCCCCCCUGUGGACUGCCCAUCCAUCCUCUAUGAGCUCAUGAAAGGCUGCUGGUCACACGAUCGCAUGCGACGGCCCUGCUUCCAGGAGAUCCAGGGCCAGCUAGAACACUUCAUCUCCAGCCCCCAUUUACUCCGAUCUGUUGCAGACUUUGACCCCAGGGUGACGCUGCGGCUCCCCAGCUGCAGUGGGUCUGACGGGAUCCCUUAUAGGUCAAUCCCAGAAUGGCUGGAAUCCAUCCGCAUGAAGCGGUAUAUCAUCAACUUCCGCACCGCUGGCUUGGAUACCAUGGAAUCUAUCCUGGAACUCACUACUGAGGACUUGAAAAAGAUGGGGGUGUCACUUCCAGGCCACCAGAAGCGGAUUCUCUGUAGCAUCCAAGGCUUCAAGGAGUGACCGGGCCUCAGGUCUUCAAGCUGCCAACAUUCCCAAGCCUACUGGGUAUCACUUGAAGCCAUUCCCAUAGCAGUUGUUUCCAAGAAGAGAGACUGAGGUGAUCAAAGCAACUAACAGGACAAAAAACUCUCUUGCAAAACCUGCCUGCUCUGCUCUGCCUGCUCCAUCCAUGUGUGUGUCUGCACCAAGGCUGCAGGGUGCUGUACAUACACCAGAGCCAGGACAGCGUUCUCAGCUCCAACACUUGACAUUCUCUGUACAAUAUUCUGUGCAGCACUGAAAUAGUCUCUGCAGCACAGAUUGGGGCCUGAGUGAUAAAGAAGAGGAAAUCUUUAGGGAUGCAGAGACACAUGGAGUGACGGCCCAGUUAAGAUCUGUUGAGAAACAAGAACUGAAAUACAGAGGAGAAUCUCUAGGAACCUACAUGGGGGCUUGGACAGAAGAAAGCCCCAUCCCUGCUUUUCCCACUACCACCUUUGGAGCAUGUUCCUUAUUACUGCAACAGUGCAUCUGCCUUCCCCAUUUCAUUCUUGUAGUGGAAGCAGGUACAAUCAUCUGCAGAGAUCAGGGUAAGGAUUGCUCUUAGCUCUCAUUGCAGUGAGUUUAUCUGCCAAUAAUGCUAAGUAACUAUAUACUCCUCCUCCUCCUAUACACUGUGCCAUCCUCCCUGUGAGGGAGGGGAGAGCCUGAAAAAGAAGGAAAUGGGGUACCCUGCUCUUGCACAUGUGCUUCCUGUAGUUUCUUCCAUGAGACAGAAUCAGGGUUUAAUGCUGAAGCAGGGAUAUUCACACCCCACCACGUGUAGCCUGUACUUCCCCUUCUCCUGUCACCUGUUCUCCUCUGCAGCCUGUUCCAAAUGUGGGGAGGGGCUGCUUUUGCUGCAAGGGGGGAAUUGUUCCUAUGUGGAAGAAAUAUGGAUUUUUAAAGUCUUGGUGCUCAGGGGAAGGCACUGUGGGCUGUAACUUUUUUGUAAAUAAACUAAUGGCAGAGGCCGGGGCUCUGUGGCUUUCCUUGACUAGUAUGUGGGCAUUAUAGGGAGCUUUCCUUCA